GUGAAAACGGCGGCAACGAAGGUGGGACAAUACCUCCUGGAGUAUUCUACUCGGCCAGAAGAUCAUUACGCCCAAGAAGGCCGCGUCUCGAAGAUCCUGAUGUAAUGUUUGCCGCGCUGGGAAAUGGCGACAUAUCCGACGCUGAUGAUGAAGAAGUCGAGACAGAUGAAGCCAGUGCAGUUGUCGAUGUGGCGGAUGACGACUGGGCCAACCCGCAGGAACUCUCCGACUCUUCUGAUGAGGAUGACCAGCAUGAAACGAGAGCCCGAGACCCCGAGGCUUGGUGCAGAAAAGUUUUUGAAAAACCAUGUACUCAAUUUCAGCCAGUUUCUGACGAGAACGAUGGCUAUCUUGGACCUCCUCUCACGCCAUAUGAGUACUUCUCGAGGUAUGUGCCCAAAAGCGUGUUCACUGAGCUAGCCGAUAAGACAAAUAUGUACUCAAUUUGCCAUGAUGGAAAAUCAGUGCUGACAGAUGAAGAAGAAAUCAGAAGGCUCAUUGCACUUCACUUGGCAGUGGGUGUGAUACGCUAUCCUCGGUUGCGCUUGUAUUGGAAGCCUUCAUUCAAGACCGAACUUUUGUCAUCUGUGAGCAUGUCAAGAAACCGCUUUGAGAAGCUCAGAAAUUGCCUUCAUAUUGUCAAUGUGAAUGGCGACCACAACGCCAAUGACCGUCUCUGGAAAGUGAGGCCCCUUCUGAAUUCGUUCCAAGAAAGGUGCCGUCAGCUUCCCUUGGAGGAACACCUUUGCGUGGAUGAACAAACAAUUCCAUUCAAAGGAAAGCUUGAUGUCAAGCAGUACGUCAAAGGCAAACCAAACCCUUGGGGCGUGAAGGUAUUCAUGUUGUGUGGCGCGUCGGGAGUCGUUUAUGAUUUCAUCGUUUAUCAGGGCUCCACAACAGAACUGAGUUCUGAAAACAAACAAACGUUUGGUGAGACAGGUGCGUUUGUUUUGCACUUAGCAGCAAGGAUACCUGAUGGCAUCGGGCACAAAUUGUUUUUCGAUAACUACUUUACCUCCCUGCCGGUGCUCCGUGUUCUUCUGGAGAAAAGAAUUUAUGCUGCUGGUACUAUUAAAAAAAACCUGAAAAGUGCCCUUUGA